GUAAAACAUUCACUAAUUAGAAGAUGGAUGUUAAUGUUUGUAAUCGCCGUUUAUUGCUAUGUACUACUUUAGCGAGUGUAGACUACGUGGCCGAGUUGAAGAAGCAGCUGCGUUGAGUUGAGGUUCCCAAUUACGUCAUCCCGCUGUAGAGAAAGAGUGGGUUAGGUUUCAAACUUAGAAGCGGCGAGUUUUAUUCGAAUUCUUGAGUGCUUACUGUGUAACAUAGCAUGGCGACUACUACAGUCACAACCAGUGAAGAUAGAACGCCAGCGACGUUUACAUUGAACAAGGCUUACCCCAAAACUGUGCCAGCAAUACUGAAAGUAGUUCAAGCGAUAUGCAGUCUCAUCGCGUAUUUAUGUGCCGCGUGCGCACCCUGGUGGACGUACCGUUCGAUCAGUGGUUACCGUUUCUUUGAGUGGGUCUGUCAGUGGCACAUGUGGUCAGUCAUCAUAUUAUACUUGUUGGUGCUGCUUAACGUUCAUCACAGAUUACGUUGCAUCGACUGGUCGCUCACGGAAUUCAUUCACUACGUGUUCGCUUCAAUUUUCUUUUUCAUCGGCUCAAUUAUUGCUGCCGCGUUUUCCACGAAUGGAGCUCUAACAGCUGCCGCAAUCUUCGGCUUUAUAUGUUUGUUCCUGUACGCUGCCGGUGCUUACCUGGCGUUUAAAUCGUGGCGAUCCAACCCACAAUCAGAACCUGCUGCAGUGAAUGCAUAACCCCUGCAUAGCCCAAGAAGUGGCGUAGCGAUUGUUUGUUUUUGUUAUGAUCAUAUAAUACGUGUUCCGGAACUGGCUGGUCGAUUUCUUGAGACACGAACAGUAAUCACUUAACUACAGAAGUGAACAAGCGAGAUUUUGUUCCCAGCAUGUUUUUACUUUGUUGUGUAGAUGCUACGUUGAAAAAACUUUGUUUUAUUUGAAAUGUUAACGUAUGUAGUAUAUGUGUGGCUAAAGUAGAGUAUAAUUAUGGUAGGGUGGAAAAGAAGGGACACAUUUAGCAUGAUAUACGUAUUCUGAUCGUGUUUUAAACAAUUAGCAACGGUCUAUGGGAGUUGUGAGGAUACGGUUUUAUAAUCCUUUGAAUGUUCUUUGUUUACUACCGAAUGGGACGAGAAAAUAGAAUGAAGAGGUGUCCCACUUUCCCCCACCCUUCUAUAUACGUUAUGAAUACCAUAGCAGUGUAACCGUGUAAAUAUGUAUGGCUAACCGACGUAUGCACAGUAUUUAAAGUUGCCCGGUUAGCAUACAACGUAUACGUAUGGCGCUGAUUUUAUCGUAGUUCUACCAUCUUCGCCUUGUUUACUCCAUUUAGGAGAAGAAAAUAGAAUAAAGAGGUAUCUCAUUUUCCCCACCCUACUAUAUAUACGUUAUAUGAAUAUGAUGCAGUGUAAGUAUACUUUUGCACAGUAUUCAAAGUUGCCCGGUUAGCGUACAACGUAUACUUAUGGCGCUGAUUUGAUUAUGGUUCUACCAUCUUUGCAUUUGGCGUGUUGUAGUAAUAACUAACAUUCUCCGCAAGUAGCCGGAGGCACCUGAGUAUUUGCCGCCCAUCAUGCACGUCGAUCUGUUAGCUCUGAUUGGAUGAUAUGAAUAAACGAGUGGGCGUGUGCACUCAUGGUA